UGAAGUAUAAAUAUUAAAUUGGGUGAGAGAUCAAGAUCAUUUCUAACUCAUAUUUGCCGUUCAGCAAUGGCUGUUUGUAAAGAUGGGCUGAUCGGAAAACAAAAUAGAAUUGGAGGACUUCUUUGAGGUGACGGAAGAAAGGACCAAAAUCGAUAUUCCCAUUUGGAGCUAUUUGAAAUUUCACUGCACGCGCUUUCAGAUCCAAUAAUGAGUGCUGCUGUAUCCGAAGGUGAGCAAGUUAAAUUGUUGAUAAAGACAGUUGAUUUUGCAGCUAAGAAGCACGCUGCUCAAAGAAGGAAAGAUGCAGAGAAGACACCGUAUAUAAAUCAUCCAGUGGGUGUGGCUAAUAUUCUGGCUAAUGAAGGAGGAGUAAGUGACGUCACAGUGUUGCAGGCAGCACUUCUGCAUGACACUGUAGAAGAUACCGACACUUCGUACGAGGAACUGGUGGCCUACUUCGGAGAGACAGUGGCCAAUAUUGUGAUGGAAGAGACUGACGAUAAAACACUGCCUAAAGCUGAGAGGAAGCAAAAGCAGGUAGAAAGAAUAGAAAAGAUGUCGAGGGAAGCCAAAAUGGUCAAGCUAGCUGAUAAACUGUACAACCUCAGGGAUCUGAACAGAGCCACUCCCGAGGGGUGGAGCGAGGAGAGGGUGGGGGAGUACUUCAAGUGGGCUAAGAGUGUCACAGGGCAGAUACAGGGUGUGAACCAAGCGCUGGAGUUGGAGUUGAACAAAGUUUACGAUGCACGCAAUGUGUGAUCAUGUGCUUGAUGGUGGCUGAAUAUUAUUUUACACCAGAGUCUAUUUUGUCCAUAAUUUUUAUGAUUAUUAUCGAGAAGUUUCUAUCUUUGUGUAUCUUCCUUUAUUUAUUUGAGCACCAUGAUAUUAUGCGUGAGUUCAAAUAUUCAAAAUAA